AUGGACAGUACCAUUGGCUUUCAAAAAGAUCAAGAUCAAGAUGGAGACCGAUUUGUGGUCGUUGGACAAAAUCUAAUCUUAAAUACAGGUCAUUUCAAAGUGGCGAACAGACAGGAAUUACGACAGGCCAACCUCAGGGCAUGGCAUGAGAAGCCUGACCCAUCGGCUUUAAAGAAUCUAGACUCCAACAUCAAAAAGAAUACGGGAUUCAUCAAAAAAUGCAAAACAGGGCUGACUGCGGACGUAUCCGCCCAGUUGUUGAAUGAUUUUAAGAAAUUAAACCUUGAAAAAUAUAUCUCCGAAAUUGUUACGGCCAUACUUGAAGGACUUUUGCGUUGCAAAGUCGGUGCUGAUGUUACUGCGGCUGUUGAGGUCAUCUCUGCAUUACAUCAACGAUUUCCAGAUUCAUUCACUCUUCUUUUCACCUAUCACCUGGCUAAAGCUCUUGCACCCUCGCCAAAAUUGACACAUCAACAACUAGCACAGGCAGGAACAACUCCGGAACAACGUGAAAAGGAGGAAACGUCUAGAGUAUUAAAACAGCGCGUACUGUGUCGUGUAGCAACUGAACUGUGGUUGGUGGGAGUAUUGCGUAAUGUUGAAGAUGGUGUAGCCACCCUCAGCGCAGAAGGCACGUCUGGAGUCUCAACCAAAGCAGUACAAGUUACGAAGGAUAAUGUCGCAGGAUUGCUGAUCAACUCUGGCAAAGAUUCCAAAGGCUCUUCAGCAUCUUCAUCUUCCUCUCAAGAUAAUGCAAGAUCAUUCCCUAACUUCAUCUACAACGUCCUCCAUGAUUUGCUUGCAUCGGAUAAGGAUCAUACGAACUUGCCUAUUUUACUGACAGUGUUAAAGAUCCAUGGCAAAGACUUGACUGGGAUCACAUUAAGGAAGUCAAAGGCUGUGGCUGAAGGAAAGGAUUCCUUAGAAUCAAGAGCUACAGCAGCAGAAGGAAAGGAUUCAUCAGAAUUAAAAGCUGCAUCAUCCGCUACAGAGGAUACAAACUCUGCUCCAGUUAACAGUUAUGUAGCGCCAGCACAACAGCAGAUGUUCAAAACUAUGUUUGUGGACUAUUUUAAACGAUUGGAAAACCAUCUCAUUCGUGACCACAAGGGAGAACUCUCAGAGGAACGUCAACAACAGUAUGAGAAACAAUUCAAGGCAUUUGAGAAACUUUCUACCUCAACCCAGACUGUGGCAGAUGCAUUGGAUCUAGACAUGCCAGCCUUAGUAGAUGAAAAAGAUGAUUUGAUCGGUAUUGUAGAAUCCAGUGGCGGCUCUGAUGAUAAGGGAACAUCCAGCAGUGUAUUUGAAGAUGAGGACAAUGUGGCCUUUUAUGAACAGAUUUUAAAUCUUGAGACACUCGUCCCCAGGCUCUUUCUCGAGACCUCAAAGUCGAAAAAGGAUAAAAAAGAAGAUAACAAUGACGUCAGUGGAGACAAGGAUGGAGACAAGGAUAAGGACAAACAGAGCUCAGCUGAUGGAGACAAUGCAUCCAAGGAUGCUGUGGAUCAAUUGGAUGACCUUGAUGAGUCUGCGGACCUUAUUAUGGGAAAUCUCGACGCAGAGUUGGAUGAGAUGGAAGUGAAUGAUAGUACAGGAACAGAAUCCUUUUUGCCAGAAGAGACCUUUUCGACUAUUCAAGAGGCUGCUUCGACAACUUCCAAGAGCAAUGCUGCUCAAUUGGAUGCGUUCUUAUCCAAGUUACCGUUGAUGUGCAACAGGGACAUGAUAGAUCAAGCAGCUGUCGAGUUUUGUUACUUCAACAACAAAGUGAAUAGGAACCGUCUUAUCAAGACCCUUGUACAAGUCCCGCGUGACAGACACGAUCUUUUGCCUUACUAUUCGCGAAUGAUCGCUACUUUUAAACCUUUCUAUCCAGAUAUUGCAGAAGAAGUCUUGGCUGCAUUGGAGCGUGAGUUCCGAGGAUUGUUACUCAAGAAACAUCUUGAUCUUUCGGAAUCCCGUGUUAAGAACAUCAAGUUUUUAUCUGAGCUUGUCAAGUUUGGAAUCACACCUUUACCCAUUAUUUUCCACUGUUUGAAAGUGCUAUUGGAAGAUUUUGUUCCACAGAACAUUACGGUCGCAUGUGCGUUGUUGGAAACAUGUGGACGAUUUCUGAAACUCAAGAGUGCAGCAACGUCUGCUCGAUUGGAUGGUAUGCUCGACAUUUUGAAACGCAAGAAGGCAGCCCUUCACCUUGAGCCUAGGUUCUUGUUGAUGAUUGAUAACGCCUAUUAUCAGUGUAAUCCACCGGAACAAAAGACUAGACAAAAGCGCGAAAUCCCACCUAUUGAGCAGUUCAUUCGCAAGCUGUUGUAUCUCGACCUUUGCAAAAAGAACGUGGAGAGUACACAUAAGCUACUCAGAAAGCUGGAUUGGAACAACAAAGAGAUCUAUGACCUUGUUGUCCGCCUGUUUAGCAAGGUGUGGAAGAUCAAGUUCAGCAAUAUUCAUUUUGUUGCCAUUAUUGUAAACGGACUUAGUCGAUACCACCCCGACUUUUCAAUUGCCGUUGUUGAUUCAGUUGUUGAAGCGAUCAAAGUGGGCAUGGAACAAAAUAAUUUCCGUCAUAAUCAGAGACGUAUUGCGAUAGUCAAGUUCCUGGGUGAACUUUAUAAUUAUCGUAUGGUUGACUCACCUUUGAUUUUCAGUACUUUGAAUACAUUGAUUUCAGCUGGUCAUGAGCAAGGGCGUGCUUCGCCUGAUCGCCCAUCGCCCAUCGAUGCACCCCAUGACAGUUUCAGAAUUCGACUUGUAUGCACGUUGUUGGAUACAUGCGGCAUGUGUUUUGAUCAUGGAAGCUCCAAGAUCAAGCUGGACUCAUUCUUGGUGUUAUUCCAAAUGUAUAUUUUAACAAAGGAAUCAAUUCCAUUGGAAAUUGAGUAUAUGAUUGAGGAUACAUUUACCGAGUUACGACCCAAAUUGAGACGUUUUACUUCCUAUGAAGAAGCUCUUGCAGCAGUGGAAGCCCUCCAUGGACCACUCGACAGCCAUAAUAAUAGUAAUGCUAAUGGCAGCGGUCAUGAUCAGACGAUCCAAAAUGAUGAAUCGGAUUCUGAAGACUCAGAAGGAGACGAUGAUGGCGAGGAUGAUAAUCAGGAAGAUGAGGAAGAGGAUGAUAGUGAUGAAGAUGAGGACGGUCCAGAGGAUGAUGAAGAGGCCUCCCAUGCGAUGAGGCAAACUGACGAUGAAGAACAGGCGGUCGUACUCACAAAUCAACACAAACCUGUUGAAGCGGUUGAUGAGGACUUUGAACGUGAGUACCUGAAGAUGAUGUCGGAGAGUCUGGAAUCAAGGAAAUUUGAGAGAAAGCAUUUGGCGCUUGAUGUGGCUAUUCCAAUAUUAAGAGCUGCAGAUCGCCGUGAAGAACCUCAAUUGUCGAACCCAGAUCAUGUUGCUUUCACUCUUCUGACCAAGAAGGGUAACAAGCAACAGUUAAAGACAGUAGGGUUACCAAGUGAUAGCGCACUGGUCAUCAACACUAGAAACCAGCGUGAAGCAGAGCGUGAGGAACAACAACAAUUAAAACAGCUCGUCUUAGAGUAUGAAGUGCGUGAAGAGGCCAACCAACGAGCCGCAUUGGAGCAAUCGUUGCGCAACCAAGGUAUCCGAAUUAAUUAUGCUGAAGAUAACAGACGAAGUGGAUCGGGUCAUCACCGUGACUCGAAUCCCCCCCGUAGUCAUGAUCGACCUGAUCGUGCAGGAUUAGGACCCGAUCCGAUCAAAAACAACUCUCGAUGGGCACGUAAUCAAUCUGUUGGAGUUGGAGCAGGCUAUGGAACUGAGAGUGCAUUGACAAAUCUGGGCGUGGAUGGCUACGAAAGGCGAUCUGCUGGUGGUCAAACUAACCGAGGACGUGGAGCAAACUAUGGAAGGUAA